AUGUUUUUUAAUUUCAUGCGCAUGAGCCCAUCAAAUUUUGAAGAUCUGGUUAUUUUAGUUGCUCCUUUAAUUUACAGACAUCCAUACAGGCAUGAUAUUCUUUCACCCAGGGAAAUAUUAUCUGCAACAUUGAGGUACUUCGCAACUGGUGAUAGUAUGGCCAGUAUAAUGUAUUCUUUUAGAAUAGGAGAGUCUACUGUAUCGGGACUUAUAAAACAAUGUUGUUUGGCUUUAUGGGAAGUACUCAAAGAUAAAGUGUUUUUUACUCCAAAUAAGCACGCUUGGUUGGAAGUGUCUGGAGGAUUCAGAAAUAAUUGGAAUAUGCCUAACUGUAUGGGAGCUAUGAAUGGAAAACAUAUUGUUCAUCAGGCAUUUUCGAAUAGUGGUUCGAUGUAUUAUAAUUACAAAGGAGCUCACAGCAUUGUACUCUUAGCAAUAUGCGAUGCCAAGUACAAUUUUACAGCUGUCGAUAUUGGAGCACCAGGACGGUGCAGUGAUGGGGGAGUCUUUAGACAAUGCAAUUUAGGCAAACAAAUUUUAACUAAUGAAAUAGAUUUUCCUGAUGAUGCACCAAUUUAUAGUUAUAAUGGGCUUAUCCCAUACUAUAUUGUGGCAGAUGAAGCAUUCAUGUUGUUACCAAACGUCAUGAGACCCUAUCCUGGCCGAUCAAAGGCAAAUUUGCCUAUUGACCAAGCAGUUUUUAACUAUAGAGAUAUGGGACCAAAUUAUCACGGCCAAACAGCUAAAGUGAUUAGAGAGAAAAUAACAAAUCAUUUAAUGAACGAAGGAGAAUUGCAAUUUCAAUAUGACAAAAUUUAA